AUGGCUAAUCUAUCUCAACCACCACUAGUCAUUUCCAUUGGAUACGGUAUUGAAAUUUUAAAUGAUUCAGUAUUCAAUAAUAUAUCAACAUUAUCUGACGUAGUAUUUAAUGAUAGUUUAACGUUAAAAACAUCACAAAAAAAUUGGCCUAUACUCUCAUUAUCGUUAUUGGGUAUUGUUGGAACAAUUGGUAACGUUCUCGUUUGUAUUUCAAUUACAUUAGAUAAACAAUUACAAACGGUAACAAAUUGGUUUUUAUUUUCCCUCUCAAUUGCUGAUUGUUUAGUUAGUGUUAUUGUGGUACCAUUAUCAAUAAUCAAAGAUUUCGUUGGUUCUUGGCAGUUACCAUCUCUCGUAUGUAACAUAUACGUAUUUCUUGAUGUUCUAUUAUGUACAACAUCUAUUUGGCAUUUAACUGCUAUUAGUAUCGAUCGUUUUUUAUACAUUGCUCGUCCUUUUCGUAGUCGUGAACGUAGUAAACGAAAAACAUUUAUGACAAUAGUAUUUAUUUGGAUAUUUUCUAUUGCAAUAUCUUGUGCAAUUUUUCUACUUGGAUUUAGUGAUGAAAAAAAUAUUUUACAAAAUCAUGGUGAUUUUAAAAUAUGUGCAUUAAAUAAUAGAAAAUUUAUUAUUUAUGGUUCAAUUAUUUGUUUUUGUAUUCCUUGUAUAUUAAUGAUAAUUAUGUAUACAAUGACAAUUCGACGACUUCAAAUUCAAGUGGCAAAAUGUUAUUCAGAUCCAGAUGAAAAUCCAACACAUACAGAUCAUGAAACUGACCGACUUAGAAGACAUCGUUCAGCAAGAAGAUCACAUACGCUAUCAGAUGCAAAUCAGGAUCUAUUUUUAGCAAAUCGUCGAACAAAUUCAUCUUCUUCACUUCAUCAUCAUCUAACAAAUAAUCAAUCAAAUAUUACCUCACAUCGAAAUACGCCAUCUCUUACAAAUUUUUCUAAUAAUGUACAUACUCGUGUAACGUCUGUGCCAUUAUCAACAAUAUCAUCAUAUCGUGAAUUUUUUACACCUCUAAAUUAUUCUGCUGACAAAGAUAAUCAACAAAAAAUUCAUCAACAUAAAGGAUAUCUUACGCCAUCAACAACUGUUCCAUCAAUUCAUUCAUCAAAAGUUUCACUUAAUGUUGAAGGAGAUAGUGAAGGACGACGACGAUCAUUUUUACAUAAUACUUUAGUACAAAAAGCAGUACACGCAUUUCACUUCGACUCACAUCAUAGUAGUGAACGAAAAGCAAUGAAAGUACUUGGUAUUGUAUUUGUAGUAUUUUUAAUUGCUUGGGUACCAUUUUCAUUUAUAAAUAUUUUAUCGGCAAUUUGUACAUCAUGUAAUAUAACACCAACACUAUUAAAUAUAUUAAGUUGGCUUGGAUAUAUUUCAUCAAAUCUUAAUCCAAUUAUUUAUACAGCAUUCAAUGUCAGAUUUCGUCGAGCAUUUUUUUCAAUAUUAACUUGUCGACUUAAAUAUUUUGAAAGUAAAAUGCGUAAUAACAUUUAUGUAUUCGUGUCAAGUAACGAUGCAAGUGAAAAUAUGCCCGGUGGUGGAAGAAUAAGAUCACAAAAUGAAAUAUUUUUACAUAAUAAUCAUGAUAAUUCUAAUAUAGGAAAAAAAUGUGCAAUACUUUAUAAUUAA